GUCUUAAAGAACCGUAUGAUGAAUAUGACUUCGUUAUUGUUGGAGCUGGGACAGCCGGUUCGGUCUUGGCCAGCAGAUUGACUGAAGAUAAGAAUGUAACGGUAUUGCUGCUCGAAGCUGGCAAACCAGAGAUGCUGUUGACGGAUAUACCAUCCUUGGCACCUUACUUUCAAAGUACGGAUUACACGUGGCAAUAUUAUAUGGAGAAGCAGCCAGGAGUAUGCACGGGCAUGCUCAAUGGCCGCUGUUUUUGGCCACGAGGCAAGGCCGUCGGUGGCACUAGUGUGAUCAACUACAUGAUCUACACGCGCGGAAGACCUCAGGACUGGGACAGAAUAGCUAAAGACGGAAAUUAUGGAUGGUCAUAUAAUGAAGUCCUCAAAUACUAUAUGAAAUCUGAGAGAGCAGCAAAUCUCGGCGGCAUAGAAAAGUUACCAUACAGAAAUCGAGACGGAGUUCAACCAGUGGAGUUUGUUCCAAUAAAAACGAAAUUACUAAACACUUUUCUGGAAGCCGGCAGAACCCUUGGUCAUCCUACAAUAGAUUAUAACUCCCCAUACGAACUAGGUUUCGGUAAUGUACAAACAACUACAAGUUAUGGACGCAGGUUCAGUGCAGCUAAAGUGUUUUUACAAAAACACAAGAGCAGGCGCAAUCUGCAUAUACUUCCGGAGAGCACUGUUACUAAAGUGCUGAUAAACCCACAAACUAUGACGGCUUAUGGUGUUGACUAUGUCAGACACAAUGUGAAGCAUACGGUAAGGGUACGUAAAGAAGUUAUUCUUUCAGCUGGUCCAAUUGCUUCACCACAGUUACUGAUGCUUUCUGGAAUAGGGCCCAGAGAACAUUUACAAUCAGUCGGCGUUCGCGUGUUAAAAGACAUGCCAGUUGGACAAACACUUUACGACCAUAUAUGUUUUCCAGGAGCUGUAUUUGAACUGAAUAGCACUGGGUUAAGUUUUAAUGAAGUAAGAAUUGUAAACAUACCUAAUGUAGUGAAAUGGCUUCGAAAUGGUAACAGUGAAAUAUCCACACCAGGUGGUGUUGAAGGAAUUGGAUAUAUUAAAACUCCAGUAUCCGACGAUCCUGAACCUGUGCCUGAUAUAGAACUAAUUAAUAUUGGGGGUUCAAUUACUUCGGAUGGAGGAGGAGGUAGCAAAGCAGUCCGAAGAGGCAUGAGAAUUCGAGACGAUGUUUUUGAUCUAGCUUUUGGGGAAGUCGAAAAAUUAAGUAAAGAUACAUGGAGUGCAUUUCCUAUGUUACUACAUCCUAAAUCUUUUGGACGAAUUGAACUGAAAGACAGUAAUCCUUUUAGUCAUCCAAAGAUGUAUGGAAACUACUUGACUCACCCACAAGAUGUUGCCACGUUUGUAGCUGCUAUUCGACAUAUACAAGCACUUGCUGCAACGCCAGCUUUUCAACGGAUUGGGGCAAAAAUGGUGAAGGCAGAUUAUCCUUUGUGUCGUGGAAUGGUUUACGACUCCGAUGAAUACUGGGAAUGUGCCUUACGAACACUCACUGCUACAUUGCAUCACCAAAUAGCUACAUGUCGUAUGGGUCCUGUUGGCGACCCACUAGCCAUCGUAGACCCUGAGCUACGCGUCCACGGUGUACGAAGGCUGCGCGUUGUAGACUCUAGUAUAAUUCCAAGAACAAUUUCCGCCCACACUAGUGCUCCAGCAAUGAUGAUCGGGGAGAAAGCAGCAGAUAUGAUAAAGUGGUCAUGGAACUCUCUCUAG